GCUGAUGGUACAUAACAGGCCCCAAUGUAUGCAGGUCUUUUCGCACUUGCAUGAACUCGACCUGCAGUAUCACCUUAGUCGGGAAACAGGUGGUCUUAAUCGGAUCAUUGACCGUGGUAGCCGAGCUAUCAAUUUUAUUCUUUCGUCAAUGGUAUUUAAUGUUUUCCCGACGAUAUUAGAGAUAUCAAUGGUAUCAGGUAUACUUGCAUACAAGUUUGGAGCUCCCUUUGCAUGGAUCACUUCACUGUCAGUGACUGCUUAUAUUGCUUUCACCUUGAGUAUUACCCAGUGGCGAACUAAGUUCAGGAAGGAGAUGAAUAAAGCUGAUAAUGAUGCAAGUACACGAGCAAUAGAUUCUCUUAUCAAUUAUGAGACUGUUAAGUACUUUAACAAUGAGGUUUACGAAGCUGAGAAGUACGAUCACUUUUUAAAGAGAUAUGAAGAUGCUGCCUUGAAGACACAACGCAGCCUUGCAAUCUUAAACUUUGGGCAAAAUGCAAUAUUCAGCAUAGCUCUCUCAGCUGCUAUGGUCUUAUGUUCUAAUGGGAUUUUGAAUGGUGUCAUGACUGUUGGUGACUUGGUCAUGGUAAAUGGGCUGCUGUUCCAGCUAUCGCUUCCUCUGAAUUUCCUUGGUAGUGUAUAUCGUGAGACUGUCCAAAGUCUAGUGGACAUGAAAUCAAUGUUUCAGUUACUAGAGGAAAGAGCUCAAAUCAGAGAUGAAGUUGAUGUGAAAUCUCUCAAGUUAAGUGGGGGUAGCAUUCAAUUUGAGAAUGUUCACUUCAGUUAUUUGACAGAAAGAAAGAUUCUAGACGGGAUCUCUUUCAUUGUCCCAGCUGGAAAAAGUGUAGCUAUCGUAGGAACGAGUGGCAGUGGCAAAUCAACCAUUCUUAGAUUGCUCUUCAGAUUCUUUGACACCCAUUCUGGAAAUAUAAGAAUAGAUGGUCAAGAUAUUCGGAAGGUUACUCUUGAGAGUCUUCGAAAAUCUAUUGGCGUGGUUCCCCAGGAUACUGUUCUUUUCAAUGACACUAUAUUUCACAAUAUCCACUAUGGGCGGCUCUCUGCUCCCGAGGAAGAGGUGUACAAUGCUGCUCGACAAGCUGCAAUCCAUGACACUAUUAUAAAAUUCCCACAGAAGUAUGCAACAGUGGUAGGAGAACGUGGACUCAAGUUAAGUGGUGGCGAGAAGCAAAGGGUUGCACUGGCGCGUGCAUUCCUUAAAGCACCUGCGAUAUUGCUUUGUGAUGAAGCUACGAGUGCACUUGACAGCACGACGGAAUCAGAAAUUUUAAGUGCUUUAAAGUCUCUAGCAAACAAUCGGACUGCAAUUUUUAUUGCCCAUAGGCUCACUACUGCUAUGCAAUGCGAUGAGAUCAUAGUUUUGGAGAAUGGGAAAGUGGUGGAACAAGGGUCACAUGAAUUUCUUCUAUCAAGGCAUGGGAGGUAUGCACAACUUUGGUCACAGCAGAACACAGUGGAUGGACUUGAUGUGGCGAUCAAUUUAAAUGCAUGAAUAUGUCCCUUCUGUUGUUUCAGGAGAGAAACAAAUCAUGGCUUCACCACGAGUUCGCCCAAUCAUCUCACUUAUUUCUUCAAUUCCUAUAAAGGAUAUCAAUUUCCAAUAACCACUUUCACCCUCACUUACCAUAUUUAAUCGGUUGAUGUAGUGGGGCAGGAUCCACUUUCUCGGAUUCUAUGGGGCAGAGAUGCCAGUCCCCACGACUGCUCCCUAUAUCCUGUUUUAUACGAUUCUUGUGAGGAUGUUACAGGUCACACUAAUAUUCUCAAUGGUUAUAUUUUGUACUAAUUCAUUUAAUUUUUGUUUGUAAUGGUGAUAUAUUUGGAAUUAAUCAGUAGAAGCUAUGUAUUACCCAA